AUGGGAAUUUUUUCUGUCAAGUCUGCUUGGGAAGGCAUUAGGAAGGCAGCUCCAGCAGUCUCUUGGGCUUCCCUGGUAUGGAACAAGGACCUCCCGUCGAGACUAUCCACCUUGGCUUGGUGCUGGGCUCACGGAAAGCUACCUGCUGACGAUAAAAUUCAAAAGAAACAGAUUUACCUACCCUCAAGGUCUGACCUAUGCGGAUCCAGUGAGGAAUCCUUCAACCACCUUUUUCUUGAUUGUAGGUACUCUUCGGAAAUGUGGGACAGGGCAGCGGUAAUGCUCAAUGUGGUUUGGACUAAUCAACCCACUGUGGUGGAUGUGAUAAAAUGGUGGAAAAAUAAGGUUAGAGGCUGGUCCUUGAAGAGGCCUUGGAUGAUUGGGUUGGUUGUGAUAAUUGAGGCUAUUUGGAAAGAAAGAAAUGGUAGAUGCUAUGAGGGCAAGGCAAGCUGCCCUUCCUUGGUGGUGAACACUGCAAUCAAGGAUGUCUCUUUCAUCUAUAACGGUAUGAAAAUCUCUCCUUCCAGUGCUACCGAUCUUGUUCUAGCUAAACGAUUGCUACUAUCAAUUUGCCCUUCCUCUGCUCUGAGCACCCUGGAGGUUUAUUGGUGUAAGGCGCCUAGACCAUGGGUGAAGCUAAAUGUGGAUGGUUGCUCCCUGGGUAAUCCUGGCCGAGUAGGUGGUGGUGGUAUCUUCGGAGACCAUAAUGGAAAAAUGAUUUUCUUAUUUGGAUUUUUUAUGGGUAUAGCUACAAAUUUUCAAGCAGAAAUCUAG